UUUAUUCUUUUUCCGUCCCCAAUUUUAAUCUUUGAAUUUUUUAUCUCAAAAUUGCUUCAAAUGGAAAUCUCAAAUUCUUUUUCUCCUCUAAAUUUAACCCAAAAACCUCAAGAAACAAGCUUUGACAUUUUCGAAACUCCCCAUAUUUCAUUUGUCACCACUUUAAUAAAUGGGGCAGCAGAAGCAAUGAAUUAUUUGGAUGAAAAUAUUACUAAUGGUAACGAGAGUACUGAGGAUUUCAUGCAAGAAAAAAUUAUUAACGAUUGUGUUUUUCUACCAACUACAGAAAAUUUUCUCAUGAUUUUCACGUUUUCGAUGAUUUUCUGCCUUUCAGUUGUUGGAAAUUCAAUUGUCAUUGUUGUUAUCCUACAGCAAAAAUCUAUGCAUUCUGUAACAAAUUUAUACCUGCUAAAUUUGGCCUUAAGUGACUUGCUUUUGAGCGUAGUUUGUAUGCCCCCGACAUUAGUCAGUUCCUUAGUUUAUUGCUGGGUAUUUGGCGAUUUACUUUGUAAACUAUUGGCAUAUCUACAACCGUCAGCCUAUACUCUAGCUGCAAUAGCACUAGAACGUUAUUAUGCAAUAUGUCGUCCUCUACAAUCGCGAAUAUGGCAUACCCGUACUCACGCAAAAUUUAUGAUUAGCCUUGUUUGGCUAGCCUCUAUCAUCGUUAAUUUAUUUAUGUUAUUUAUGUAUGAAGAAAGAAAAUUUAAUACAAAUGGCCUUAACUGUUCUCCAAAAUUUAAACCUCUAAUUCAUUUCAGCUAUCAGAUUUACAUGACUGUCAUGCUUCUAGUUAUUCCGUUGGUUGCCAUGACUGUUCUAUAUGGCAGCGUUAUUCGCACUCUUAGCUCAGGGAUUUUAGUCGAUCUUAAUUCUAAAGAAGCUAUCGACAAAACUGAUAAUCUCGAAAAUCGGCAACAGAAUCUUUCAAACAGUAAAUGGUACAAGAGGCCUAGCCUAGAAGGAGGCUGCUCAAAAGGCAGCAGACUAUCUCUAGUGGCAAUGAUAAAAAAUGAAUUAAAAUUAGGUUUAAGAGAACCAACAAUAGCUACUUCAUGUUUACGUCAAAAUAGAUCGAGUAAUGGCCAAGUUGUGGAGGUCAAUCUAAGAUCUACUCAAGCUGAAAAAAGUGCAAUUGCUAAAAAGAGGUGA